GUUUCCUCCCGCCCAGAUGAUGGAUUCUCCCCCCCGUCCCGCCACCGGCGAACCCGAGUCGAUGGCAGAGGACGCAAUCAAAGAGGAGAGGGACCGGACGGAAGGCGAAGGGGCGUCCGCCCUGGGCGAAGACGAUAUCCAAUUCGUGUGUGAGGGACUACAAAGACCAGUUUUGGAGUACAUUGAUCUGGUCAGUAGUGAUGAGGAAGAACCUAGCACCUCCCAUGGUAACGAGGUGAAGACUAAAGAUUUCCUUGACCAUCAGAAGGAUAAAGUUACUUUGACUCUUGCUCGUUUAGCUCGCCAUGUGGAGGUGGAAAAGCAACAGAAAGAAGAGAAAAACAAAGCUUUCAGGGAAAAAGUAGAUUCUCAGCAUGCUCAUGGACUACAAGAAUUGGAGUUUAUUCGUGGGCGUACAGACACAGAAGCAGCAAGACUUUGCGUGGACCAGUGGCUAAAAAUGCCAGGACUCAAACCAGGCGUAGUAAAUUCUGGAAGAAAAAGUGCAGUCCGAAGAACAGGGCAAACACCCUUGGCCAGUAGACCCAUGUCAUGCCCCAUAAUGCACUGUAACAAGAAGUUUGACAAUGGACACCUUCUGUUAGGUCACUUGAAAAGGUUUGAUCACUCUCCAUGUGACCCAACAAUUACACUGCAUGGAUCUCCCACCAAUUCCUUUGUUUGUGUGAUGUGUUUUAAAAGAUUUACCACCCAACAGCAAUACAGGGAUCACCUUCUGUCUAAGGUGGCUGCAGCCGAUGGACACAGAAGCAAUCUUCCUCCCCAACUUAUUCAGUGCUUCGCAUGUCCGAAUUGUUUUCUUCUUUUCAGUAUCAGGGAUGAGUGCUUGCAGCAUAUGUCUGGAAAGAAUCAUUUCCUUCAGACAUUUAAACUGAGUGAUAACAAAGAAGUGGCACAACCUAUACCUUUUCCAUCUUACGCAAAGAAACUUCUAAUAUCUUUCUGCAAAGAUGUCAUAUUUCAAGUGAAAUGUAUAGCCUGUCACCAGAGAUUACACUCCCACAUGGAACUAACAGCUCAUUUCAGAGUCCAGUGCCGGAAUGCUGGUCCCAUUGCAAUAGCAGAGAAGAGCAUCUCUCAAGUUGCGGAAACAUUCAAAGCAAGAGGCUACUGUCCAAAUUGCAACCAAUUGUACGUGGAUGAAAGCAGUGCAAAACAGCACAAACAGAAUUCAGGGCACAAUGUCAAACUUAUUUCCUCGAUGGAAGAAUCUAUCUUACUGUACUGCCACAUUAAUGAAAGCAACCAUUCUCCCUCUGACUUGCAUCUCCUACUAGAUCAUUCAAAAUUUUCAUCACUUAAGAGAUUGAUUCCUACCAAAGACCCUUCUGAGAAACAGAAAUGCAGCAUCUCUCCAAAGAAGAAAAAGAGUUUGGAAGGCAAGAUCAGCGAUGGUGGAGCAUGUGUCAAGCAGGAGAAGAAAAGACCCACAAAAGCCUGGUUUUGUGAAUGCCAUCUAAAGUUUUUAACUGAAGAUGCAGUAGAAAAGCACAUUUUCUCUGCCAACACUAUGUGUUACAAGUGUGUUGUAUGUGGGAAGUUUUCUGAGGAUCCGGGUGUUAUCCGCCUGCACAUGAGCCGAUUCCAUGGAGGAGCACACUUGAGCAAUUUUCUCCUCUGGUGUCGAACGUGCAAGAAAGAGCUGAGCAACAGAGAGAGCAUUAUGACUCAUGCCACCGAAUUUCAUAGUGGACAUGGUUUCUUUUACGAGCAUGACACUUUGGAAGAUGACCCUUUGCCAUCGUCUUCUAGGACCCUGGGGAAUAAUUCGGCCAUCUCUCAUCUAAACCAGCACUCGAGUAGUCCUCCCCAAGGGAAAUGGCAAUGCCGGAUCUGUGAAGAUAUGUUUGAUUCCGAGGAGUUGGUUCAGCAGCACUGCAGGUCUCUAGAAAGCCAUCGGUUUCAUAGGUAUAGCUGUGGACAUUGUAAAAAAUGUUUUCAUAAGCUAGAAACGUUAUAUCGCCAUUGCCAAGACCAACAUGGACAGGAAAUAAGGAUUAAAUACUGCUGUGGGCUCUGUGACCUCAGCUUCGAUUUGGAGGAAGAAUUUUUGAAUCAUUACGAGGAUCUCCAUAACAUUGAUUAUGUGUUUGUGUCUGAACAAAAUAAAAUUUCCAUUAAAAAUGAGGAUGAUUUCCUGCCUGUGGAAAAAAGGUUAACUUGUGGCUGCCGGGAAAGUUACAGAUGCAAAGUGAACAAAAAGGAAGAUUAUAGUCGAUGUUUUCAAGUCAUGCUUGACAAGGGUCGUCUGUGGUUUCACUGCAAGCUUUGUAAAGCAACAGCACAAAAUGUCGCAGAUAUGAAGGCCCAUCUUCACAGAGGUCACAACGCAGAGGAAGUUAAAGAACUUUUUUUAGUGAAGUGUGGGAUCUGCAGCAAAAGUUUCCGUGAUGCUGAAAGUGCACAGCAGCAUUUUCACACCAAACACUGCUUUCUGCAGAAACCUAGUUUAGACCAUUUUGGAUCUGCAAAAGUGAAUGUAUUCAGGUUCACAGCCGGUGAUGCUCCACGAGACAAGAAACUGAAACGGUCAGCAGCCAAUCCCAAAAUAUCAGAAGCUCCUUCCAGUAAGCUAUUAGAUGUGGACAUGGGACCAGAGGAUGAUAGAGACCAUCAGAAUAUAGCGGAAGAGAAUAUUGAACUACCUGACCUGGAGUACUUAAGGACCAUGACUCACAUAGUCUUUGUGGAUUUUGAUAACUGGUCAAACUUCUUUGGUCAUCUGCCAGGACAUCUUAAUCAAGGAACGUAUAUCUGGGGCUUUCAAGGGGGAGGCACCAAUUGGAAACCUCCAGUGAACUGCAAGAUCUUUAAUUACAUUAAUAAGAUUGGAUGCUUCUUCCUUCACCCACGCUGCAGUAAAAGAAAAGAUGCUGCUGACUUUGCCAUCUGUAUGCAUGCCGGCCGCCUAGAUGAACAGCUACCCAAGCAGAUUCCUUUUACCAUUCUUUCAGGAGAUAAAGGCUUUCUGGAGCUGGAGAAUCAAUUCAAGAAGACUCAAAGGCCAGCUCACAUCCUCAACCCUCAUCACGUAGAGGGGGACAUGAUGUGGGCCUUACUAAACAGCAUUUCUGAUACAACCAAAGGCAGUGAUGGUGAAGAUGAUGAUGACAUGAUAAAGACAAUCAAAAAUAGCUUAGAGGAAGCAGAAGUGUCUAAAGAAGAUGCAGAACUACAAGAAGCUAUCAAACGCAGCCUUGAGGAAAUGUAGUUGAAGUUACACCUGUAAAUGAACUCCUGGCAUUGAAUUGUCUCGGGAUCAUGGAAUCCCGCACUCAACUUAAGGACAAGAACUUCGCUAGUAAAACUGCUUUUGGAAAAUAUUGCUGCCUCGUUUGAUUUCAAUCUAACAUCCAUUUCUAGCUAUACCAAUACCAGUCAUCUAGAUUUGCUAUGAGACAUAUGCAAAGAAAAUAUAAAUAAAACAUUAUUAUGUUUUACUUUGAGUUGUUAACAAUUCCCCUAGGAGACAUAUAACUCUGAAUAGUUGGCUGAGGAGAAUGCUUAGCUUUUUCUGUAUCAUCUUUAAUAGCCUUUAAUUUCAUUCUCAGUUUUUAGGUGACUUGUUAUUUCAGAUACAAGUAAAACUAUGUUUACCUAAUUAUUGGAAAGUCCCUAUUUCAUAGUAUUCAUCUUACUACUCUAAUGUCCUUGGUAUUUGGUAAAUUUGGAUGCCUGUUUAGUUUCUUUCUUUUUUUAAUUUUACGGGCUUUAUCCCCACUGCUGUGAAUGCAGCUUUAUGUGAUCUGCUUUAAUUAGACAAGUUUUAAGUCCUGUAUUUUCUUUAUUCCCCUUUCAAAAAAAAAGUUUAGGAAGAAAGGGUCCUUGGUUAUGUAAAAUUUUGAUGUUAUUUUAUCCAUACUGGAUUUCUGUAUGUUCUAAUAUAUAUCUUGUCUUUUGUUUAAAGGGGUGGUGGUAAAACAUUUGAAUAGAAUUAAAUUUAUUUUUAACAA